AUGCUCUCUCAAGAGGCCCACCUCGGCAGGCCAGCUAGCGGUUGGUGUCUAAGAAUAGUCCUCAUUUUUGACAUAAUAGAGAUGUAUUGUUUUAGAUUAUCGAAACUUUUGAAGCUGCUGGAAUUGACCAACUUUCCAACCAUUCGAACCAGGGAUGCACACCAGUUCGAAGAUGACGAAGAGAUCUAUAAAGGACUUAAACAAGAUUACCACCAAAUCUUCCCGUUGAAUCACAUCCAGAGGGGAACAUUGAGUGGACAUACUCCAGUUACAUGGGUGUAUAAAUGCGGACAUUUAUUAUUCAUCAAUUACUUCGGAAUUGUACCGAAGGUGGUAAAGCCCUCUUUCAGAGUGCUCUUUCUUCAGUCAGUCUUACAUCGCCGCAUCCAAAUAGAACUUGGUUCGGGCUAUCCUACUAUUACUCGAUAUGAAACCCAUUCUAGCCAUGGCCUCAAUGCUGUUGGUCGUAUUGAUCGAGAAAGCAGGUUUGAGGAGACUUCCAAGGGUGAAAACGCUGUUCUUUUGAAACAGCCGACUACCUUCACUAAACAGGAUACGAUGGCCAGAACCGAUUCUUGGAGAAUAUUCCUAGUUGCCCUUUCUCGAUCUUGA